AUGGAGAACUCCGCUCACCAAAUUAGAGCUGAGCUCGACGCCUUAGUCAACGCUACGCAGAGCUGUCCUAUAUGUAGAGACCUACAGCCCGGCAACGAAUAUGAUGAACUCCAUACUAUCGGGACUCAAAGUCUUAGAGAUGAUUGUGGAUAUUGUCGUAUUCUCAAGUCGGCCAUGAAUAGCCUUGCUGAUGGACCGACAACUCAGAUUUUUGUUCAAAGCAAAGAGGGUGAGCCCAUUAGCGUUGAGUACUUCUUUGAGAAGAACCCUGGCUCCGAGGAUAACUAUGCGAGCAAGGCCGGGUUUAUCAUCUAUUCUCAUGAUAAGUCUCGACUCAUUCCUAACCUUGGAAUCCUCAGCGCAUAUCCCGAAUCAACCGAGCUCGAUGCAUCCGUAAAUUUCAUCAAUGCACAGAUGUCAGAAUGCUGCACGCAACACGAGUCAUGCAAAAGACACCUCGAGUCACCUCUUCCAACACGUGUCCUUAGCGUUGGUUCUUCAGACGCUGAUAUCCGGCUUGUCGAGUUGACGAACGUGCCAGCGCGAUACGUAACAUUGAGCCACUGCUGGGGUCAUAAACAACCACUCAGGACAACUACUGCCAACUUCGAAGACAUGAAAAAGUCGAUCGACGCAAACUCUCUACCGAUUGUCUUCCAGCAAGCGAUUUGGAUCGUUCGGAUGCUAAAAAUCGAGUAUAUAUGGAUUGAUUCACUCUGCAUUAUUCAAGACAGCCAGUCAGACUGGGAACUUGAGUCUUUGCAAAUGUGCGAUUACUACGAAAACUCCUUCUUGACCAUCUCAACAGCCACAUCAUCAAAUUCUACAGUCCCAUUUCUCGGCCCAAGAGACAAGAGGUGGUGUCCGGUCAAGUUCCAGCUUACAAAUGGUUUCAGUAGCGAAGACGUUUACGCGCAGCGCAUACCGAGUGAGCCGGAGGAAGAAGGAAUGCUAUUUACACGAGCGUGGGCAUGGCAAGAGGCUGCCAUGUCAUCGCGCACGAUUUAUUUCACGCCGUCGGAACUCAUCUGGGAGUGCUCGGAACAGGCUGUGCCGCAACAAUAUAUACCGGACCUUGAAGCUUCUGGGAGGUUGGGCUUUUCAAAAGUUUUGUCCAUUCUCAGGUUUAGAUUGGAUCCGGAUAUGUUUCGCGAUAUCGACAGCCCAGUAGAAGAUCAUUGUGACGGUACCUCGUCGGAGAGUGAGAGCCCUACGAACAUACCUCCACCAGGUUUCGACUCUCAAAUUUCGUCAAAGGCUUCCGCACUCUCGCGCCCUGACAGCCCCAGCUCCCUCUCUUCCGACGCCAACAUGAUGAAUUUCGUUUGGGAUAUGUGGGGUGAUUUGGUCACAUACUACUCACGUCGUCAGCUCACCUUUGUCACUGACAAAUUACCGGCACUGAGUGGCGUCGCGUCUCGUGUCCAUAAAAUCACAAAGACCCGCUAUCUUGCAGGCAUGUGGGAGGAUAACCUUGGUAUCGAGCUUUGCUGGGCCCGGGAAUAUAGAGGGUAUCAAGACUUACCGACCCUUUCUACGGAAUACGUGGCACCCUCAUGGUCGUGGGCUUCGAUACCUGGAGCAGUGAAAAGUCAGGUAGAGAGAAUGAUCAGCACCUUUGAACCUGGCUUCACGAUAGUAGAAGCCAACGCCUAUGUCCCAGGGCUCAAUCCCUUCGGCAGGGUCACUGCCGGCUACAUUGUCAUGAGAGGACAGGUCGCUGAAGCGAUGUUGUCCUGUGACGACCCGGAAACAAGUCUCUAUUAUGAAAUCUCGGGGCUUACAGACAAAUGGGGGUUUUCUCCUGACAGCAUCUUGGUCUCGAAUAAUGGCAAUGUGUCGAGGGCUAAGCAGGAUCCAAAGCCUUCCAAGUUCACGGCCAAGAUUCAUUGCCUAUACAUUGGCUCGAGAUACAGUACUAGAGGCGAUGAGAGUGACAGAGAACACCUCAUGCUAGUAUUGGGUCAAUCUGAAAAUGCUGAUGGCGAUAAGUCAUUUUGUCGCAUUGGUCUGGCCUAUUCCCAGAGUAACUUGUUAUUCAAAGAAGCUCCUGUGCUGGAUGUCAAAGUGGUGUAA